AAACCGGUCAUCGUCAUCGUACCUGGAGCUUGGCAUGUGCCAGCUCACUAUGCACACCUCGCACUGAAACUCAACGCGAGUGGCUACACUGUAGACUGCAUCGAAUCGUCCUCUACCAACGAUGAAAAGGAUUUGCCUGAAGAUACCUGGAAGGAAGACAUUUCAAUCAUUCGUAAUGCCAUCACUUCGCACACCGAGGCCGGCAGAGAUGUAGCAGUCGUUAUGCAUUCAUUCGGCGGCAUGGCAGGCUCGGAAGCCGCAUGUGGCCUAGGCAAGAAGGAGAGCGAGACAUCCGGUUCAGUCAUCAAAUUGGUCUACCUGGCUGCAUUCAUGAUGAAAGAAGGUGCAAGCCCUAUUGAUUUUGACUGGCCGAGGAUCGCUGUUCCCGACGAUAAACAGAAUCCCAAAGCGCUAUACGUGCCAGACCCCAUAUCGAAUCUCUAUCAUGACGUGCCUGAACAAAUGAGCCGGCGCGCAGUAGACAAUCUUGGUGGACAUCCAAUCGCUCAUGCAUUCAGCCGCCCUUCGAAGGUUGCUUGGCGCGAAAUACCAACUGCAUACAUUAUCUGCGAAGAUGACAGAGCAUUGCCCAUAGGUCCUCAGGAGCAGAUGAUCAAUGCUGUCAAGGCCGAGGGUGUAGAUGUGGAAACCACGAGUCUGAAGUCAAGCCACAGUCCCUUCUUGAGCAUGCCUGGCGAGACUGCAAAGGCGAUCCGUGGCUUCCUCGAGAAGGCUUAA